AUGACAGAGUCGACGGAGAACUCCGGUUCUCUGUGGGUGUCGCGCUUGUUGAUCGAAGAAGCAUCUACAGACAUUGCGAAAACCCUCGAUCUAGCAGCUAUGGCGAUCAUCAACUGCCCUGGACCCAGGUGUCACACGGAGUUGACAACGGACUUCGUCGCCGUUGAGGAAGUCAAGAUCCGCAGGCAAGUACGCCGAGAAAAAUUCCAAAUCUUCGGCAUGGUCGCUCUCGCCUCAUCCAUACGCACUUUCAAAUACCUCACCAUACCUUUCUACCCCGUGGUCUCUGCGGUACUCAUCGCCACCGACGUCCUCGUCCUCCCUGUCAUAUGGCAAGGGUUCAUGGAAUCUGUUCGCGCGAGUCACUCCGCACGCCAGAUGACGGAGAAGUUCAUCGCCAUGGAAAGGAUGGCCGACGCCCUGAAGGAAGCUCGGUACAAGAUCGAUCCGCUUCCUGUGGACAACCCUCCCCGCGCCGCGCUGGCGCUCGUACUCGUCCUGCGUGCGCUGAUCCGUGCGGAAGCGAUCGCCUCGAAUCUCAGUGCGUCGCUGGCGCACCGGCGUCGCAUAGCGGAUGGACAGCUAUCGGCAUCGCUCCUGCGAUGGCCGACACUCGGGUACCUCGCGGAGGCUAACCCCUGCCGACUCUCCCGGAGGAAGACUACGGAGCUCUGA